AUGCUAGCAACCAAGGCUAAGGCGGGUGUCAACAGCGCCCCCACACCCCAAGGUGUCAACAGCAAUGCAGCCCGUGCAGGUGGCGCUGCUGCAGGAGUUGGCAGCCGAAGGCACAUGAAUACGGUCAUAAUAAGAACGGUAACGGCAUUUUUGGCUAGCGGCAAACGUAACUCCAACAACUCGAAAGCAUCAAACGGCAGUCGACAGCGGGCCAGAAAGGCCAAAAUGGACGAAUCAAGUGCUAAAAUAAAUCCCAAGCUAUUGGAGUCAUUAAAAAAGAAAACAAGAUUUACUAAAGAUGAAAUCGAAGCCCUUUUUCGUAUCUAUCGGAAACUAGUAUCGAACAAUCAAUAUGCCGCCAAAUCGUUGGCCUCUGGACCAGCUGGAGCUAUAGCGAAACCACAAACUCAAGAGGGCAUUGAUCGCAUUGUUUUCCGCGAAUUGCUGCACAGCACCUUUGAUAUUGUCACCGAGGAAAUUCUUAUGGAACGCAUCUUCUGCAGCUGGGAUAAGGCGCACGAAGGAUUACCCAUACGCCUGGAGGGUUGGCUCAUUGGUCUAUCCAUCUUCUUAAGGGGUAAUCCCAUUGAACGAGCUGCCUUUUGCUUUCGAGUCUAUGAUUUAAAUAAUGAUGGUUUUAUAACCAAAGAUGAAAUGUUUACCCUGCUAAGAAACUGUCUAAUCAAACAGCCACAAGAUGAAGAUCCGGAUGAGGGUGUCAAAGAUUUGGUGGAAAUUGUUUUAAAGAAAUUUGACAUAGACAAAGAUGGCAAGGUUUCUUUGGAAGACUUUAUGGCAACGGUGGCCGCUCAACCAUUGUUAAUCGAAGCAUUUGGUCAAUGUCUGCCCACGGACAGUGCAAUUGUUUCGUUUUUCUCUACUUUACAGGUUUAGCGCGAAAUUUGUGUUAAUCAUUCGCACCCACUAACCACAAGCAGCAGAAUCAACAGCAAGAGAGAGAGGGAGAGAGAGAAAUAACAACAAUAACAACAACAAGUGCCUAAUAGAGAAGGCUUUAAGUAAUGGAAACUGUUCUAAUAUUUAUGAAAAUUCUAAUAGCAAUAUAAGCAAUUGUGAUGUGGUUGAGGUGCAGGCAGCGGCAGCGGCAGCGUUUGUGACCGUUACUGUCAACCAAGUAUUAUGUUUACAUUUUAAAUGUAGUGGUAUGUGUGUGGUGUUAUUAUUUAUUAGCUGCUUGUCGUACCUACUACUCAUGUGGACACAGUAAGUUUGUCUUUCAUGUUUGUAACUGACUUACCAUUAUUUAUUUUUUUUUUUGUAUAAGUCAUUCCACUGGGUAGGCCAAGUGGGUCCCUCUCAUCUAGUUAACCCUAACGAUCUUGCACAGUGGCAUGAUUUCGAUUAAAGCUAACAAUGUAAACAUUUUGUA